AUGAUGGACCUUGUCGGGAAGGAGGACGUAGUGGGCGGGAGCCACUUUAAAUACGUCUGCCACGCUGAGUCGAAGGCCGCUGAGUCGAAGGCUCAGCAGCACGAGCGCUUGCCACAGCAAAUGUCACCGCAGCAGCCUGCGGCGAACAUGUCACACUGGUGCUCUGGCUCGAGUCCGCCGGAUGAGGCGCAAGGCGUAGAGUACCUUCGGUCUGAGCGAAAGGAUGAAGAAAGAAUCAAGAGUGACAGGAUGCAUGGCGACCUAGCAGAGAAGCGAGUCAGCGCGGCUGAGCCGACGAUGACUUUCGCAAGGAUGUGA